AUAUCCCAUCUCUCUUUCAAGAAGACAACAAUGGAGUUCUUCUCUCUGUCAUCUAUCCUCCCCCUUCUUUUACUCUGCUUCACUGAUCCCAUUCUUUCUCUAACCUAUCAGCCACUAAUCUCUUCUCUUGAUCUUCAUGAAGAAGAAAGCUGCCCUUACACUGUAAUUGUUACUACAAGCUGUUUCUCUCCUGAUUGGUCUAGAGAUCAGAUCACUAUUGCUUUGGGUGACGCCAACGGUAACAAGGUAGUCGCACCGAGACUAGACGAACCACUAAGUGGAGGAGGAGGUUUCGAGAAAUGUUCAUCGGACACAUUCCAAGUCAAAGGUGAAUGUCUCAACACUAUCUGCUCCGUCUACAUCUACCGUUCCGGUACCGACGGCUGGAUCCCGGAGACCGUCGAAAUCUACAAGGAAGGUUCCAAAUCCGUGAAAUUUGAUUUCAACAAAAACGUCCCUGAGAACAUUUGGUACGGCAACAACAGAUGCAACAACACCGAUUUGCCACCGCCUUCCCCGGAUUUCCCUCCGUUUUCUCCAUCUGUCCCACCGCCUUCACCGCCUUAUUUUCCUCCUGAACCACCUUCAAUCCCGCCGCCACCACCAUCACCGCCGUCUGCUGCCUCUGGACGUGGAAGUGGUCAGAGUUUGGUUGUUGCAUUUGCUGCUGCGGUUGUGUUUGCGUUUGCGGCUGUGGUUGUUUGAGUUAUUUUAGUUAAGAGUUUGCUUAAUAACUAAUGACUAAAGUAAUGAGUAUGGUCAUGGACCUCAUGGUGUAAUCCUUUGUUUGUCUUUGUAGUUGGAUAUUGUGGAAACUAAUUAAUGUAUGAGUUCUGA